GUUUGCCCGGGUUGCCAGGCAACGCGCGGCGGCUCCAUGGCGGUGGCGGUGCAGCUGAGCGAGGCCUGGAUCCGCCGGCAGCCGGCUCUGCGGGGGCUACCGACAGAACAGGUGGAGUCCAUCUCUCUGCAGGGAACCCAUGCAGCCAAAAUUGUCUCUCUUGGAGAUGGCCUGAAAGCCUUUAAAAAUCUUCAGUCUUUAGAUUUGUCAAAGAACCUGCUUGCUUGUCUAGAGGGUCUUGAGUAUUUACAAUUGUUACAACAUCUGAAUUUGUACUAUAAUCAUGUUUCAUCCUUGCUGGAAGUUGCCCGCCUUCAAGCGUUGCCUCUCCUUAGAGAGCUGGACCUGCGUCUCAACCCUGUAACCAGGAAGGAAUCUGAUUAUAGACUGUUCACUGUGUACAGAUUACAAGCUCUGGAGAUGCUAGAUGAAAGAACUAUUAGGAAGCGUGAGAGAAAAGCUGCCCACCUGCAUUUUAACCUCAGGAGCAAAGAGGAUUCAUUGGAAAAAGACAAGUCAAGGGAAAUUAUAAUGAGGAGUGAAGUGCUAGACCAAGAGAGCUUUGCAACAUCCAGUAUGAAUACAGAGAGUAACAGGACACGUACUGGUACAAAGUAUUCAUCUCCUCGCCACAUGCCAUGCCAUGAUGAGAGAGACUCAUAUCUAAAGACAUCGCCUGCUUCUGUGUUGACAACCAGCAAAUUAACUAAAGGAAACAAGGACCAGAUCCUGCUAGACAAUGCAAAUGCAAGACAGUUUCUGAGUCACAACUCUUUGGACAGAGAACAGAAGCUCCGGUCUCCCACUGCCCUGCAGGCACAGACUUCCCUGCCCUCCCAGAUGAAAAGCAGAGCUGUGUCUGGUAAGGGGAAGUUCCACGUGUCCUUUUCUGAAGGCUCAUCUCUAGACUUCCUCUGUCCAGGAAAAAGAGAAACGGGAAAUAGGAAAGUGGACUUUCUCGACCUUGGCCGGGCUGCUUCUCCACCUAGGAGGCUGAGUCUGAGUGAUGAUGCAGGGAAGACCAAUCUAAGGCCAGAGAGUUAUGAGCACCUGUACUCCCCAUCCUCUGCUAAUCGCAGGGAGCUGGUGAAGAGGCUUCAUGAUGAGAGGAAUGAGAAGACGGCAGCAGACGAUGUUUGUAAUUACACCUCACAGUUUGCUAACGAAGUCCUGGGUCCUGCCCGGUCCUCAUGUGGAGAUUUCCUGGGACAGCACUCAGAAGCGGAUGCAGACCAUUCAAGUUCCUUAAAGCUCAGCUCGGCUUCUACAAGCUUUGGAGAUUUCCUGUCAAAGCAUCGUUCUUUGUUAAGUGAGGUGUCUCUUGGGAAUUCACAGUCAGCUACAGCCUUAACAUCCACAUCCAGGAAAGGGCGAGACCCACCAGCUUGCCGAUCUCUCAGUCCUUCAAGAAUGGAGUUUAAGCAUACCAGCAGCCAGCACACUCCAGUAAACCCCAAACAUUGUUUUAAAGAGCCAGUGAUGGAGCUUCACUCCAGAGAGCAUAGCGAUAGCCCUCUCCAGACAGCAAGUAUUGUCAGCAGCACCGAGAAACAAUGUCUUCUUGUCACUGUCCUGCAGCAACUCCUGGAUUUAGUGGAUCGUUAUUGGAACGGCUCUGGCUCCCUUUUUAUCAAUAAGGAUUUCCUUGCUCCAGCACGUGAUUUGCUUGCAUACUUGAUGACGGCUGCCCGUUCACAGCAGGACGUUUGCUCAACCCGCAAAGCCAUCCUAGGCCCCAGCUCCUCAGGGUUCAGUUGCCAGCUUCCCAGGGAACACCCAAAGUAUUCUCAGCAGCACAUCAGCAGUGUCAUCGAGAAGGCUAUGAGGAAGGUGGAAGAGCGCCAGAGCCCGACUUUCAAAGAACGAGGUGUGGAAGGUGGUGCUGCUGCCGCUGCCACCUCCAGUUCCAGCUCCCAUGGAAUAUAUUCUCUCUCUUACGAUGAGUUGUUAAGUAGAAAUGAGCAGCUGAAUGCCCAGGUGGACAUCUUAACUUUUGAAUUAAAGCAGCUUAAAAAGCAACAGGAUACCAUCAGUUUGCUGAAGGAGAGCCAAAGGUCUCUUGUUUCCACAAACAACUUCCUUCUGCAGCAGCUGAAUAAAGAACAAGACCCUUCUGUAGGCAAAACACGCCGUCUUUCGGAGAAGAUCCCUGAUGCUCCUUGUCAUGCCUCUUGCCCUGCGAGAACGUCCCAUCGUGCUUCCCUCACCUCUCCCAUUGCUUGGAAUCCAGAAAUGUUAAGCAGCUGUCCUCUCUGACAGAAAGCACAGAAUCACUUUCUUCCCAUGGUGACUGUCUUACAAAUUAUGCUUCAUUUUCACAUAACCAACCAACCAAUCAAUCAGUCUCUUUAUUACAGGCAGUGACCAGUAUUCUUCAUUUUCACAUAAGUAUAGUAUGAAAUCCUGUUGGCAGGUGUGCCUACUCUUUGCUGCUUUUAUUAGUACUAUUUCUUUGACUCCUCAUGGCCCUAGGAGGGACUCACUGGAGUGUCCAGAUGUGCUCUGAGGACAUCCCAAAACAGAAGCACCCACAAACAUACUUAUUUCACACACUCCAAGGCCAGGAAGAGUGUCCACAGCCUCCCUGCUCUACCUUUUUCCCUCAGGGACAGUGGCUUUAGCCCCCUCUCCCAGUUUGUCCUCCUUGCCUGAACCAAAGCCCAGCUUUCCAGUGGCCAUCCUACAGUGCCUAUGGUUAACUCCAUCUCUUCCCUAUUCAAAAAUGCCCUUCUGCUGUUCUCUUCCACACAUGCCCCUCGGCCCUUUCCCUGGGCCCAGGCGGCUUCCUUUCUUCAGAACUUUAUAGUGGCCAAGGCUUCAUUGUCUCACAGUAUCCAGAUGGAAAGGUGUGGUGGUUUGAUGCAGUAACACCAUGUAUUAAUGCUGAGUAUAAUCCUUAGCUAGUGGGAUUACACACCAGAGUGUGCAAAAGGGGAAAUCAUAGUUGUUGUUAAAAUAAUUGAAUUCAAGAUGUAUCAUCUCUGAUAAAAACAGCUUGAAAGUAUGUUGCUAACACUAAGCUUGAAUUGAGAGGUAUCGCCCAGUUGUCCUCUCUCUCCACCCCACCCAGCCGGGUGCUUCAAGGUGGAAGCUUAUUUUGGAAUUGGUACUGCUUGUACAAAUAAGCAUUUUUGCAGCAUCCAUAUAUUGCACCAUGAGAAUGACAGGCCAGACUUUCUUCUGCACUUUAAUAUGGAUUUCCCUUUACUGUGGAAAAUCUGGCAAGUAGAAAGAGCCCAUGAUGGCACAUUUCUUUAUGAUGAGUGAUUUGUGUGGUGUGGUGUGAUGUUUUUAGUGGGCAGCAAUUCAUGCCACUCCUCUCCUUCCAUUUGCUUCCAGCCAUGUUGAUGACACUCCUGUGCCUAUUUUCACCACUUCCUGCACACGGGAGGCAUGCAGAUUUCAACAAUCCACUAUGUGUGGAGAAUUGCCUUCAAGGCUGUGAUACGAAGAGUACCAACUACAGAGGUCUAGCACAAGAUCUCUCUAUCACUCGUGCACAAGAAAGACUUCAGUAUUUAUUUAUUAAAAAUCUUAACAAUUUUGCCAGUGCCAUAUCUCACAAAGUAUCUAUUUUGUUUCCGAUACCUAGUCCUCUUGUGUCACAGCACUUACAGUGCUCAAAAGAGCAGUCCUAGUCUAAAAAUUGGGCCCUAAGAACACAUGACUGCAGAGGUGGCCAACUCACUCCAAGUUGCCUCCUAAUUUGAGAAACCUUGUGAUGUACUGGUGAAGGUAAAACUGCCACCAGCCUUUUAAGGUUGGGUUCACCCAUGCUUUGUUUUGCCUUAAUUAUAAAACAGCUUCUGUGAGGGAGAGCUAGUAGGAUAUAAAUGGGUGCAUAUUUCGUUGAGGGAGGAGUGCCAGUAACCCAGGGCUGGUGAGUUGAGAUAGGACUGGGAAUGGAAUCCCAUUUCUUUACAUGUCACAUUUUGGGACAGAAGACAAGAGACCCAAGAGAUGCCGCUUUAAUUUUUAUUCAAAAGACUCAUGAUAGAAAGCUAUACAAAGCCUCAGGCUGCUCCAUCCUCAUUAUGCAUUGGCCCUUCCUUUGGUUCCUUCCGAGGCUCUCACCAUGGCAAAACAUUCCCUUCCCAAGUCACCAACACCCCAUGUUGCUUUUCAGAGAGGUUGCAAAGCACUUUCAUAAUGCCACACACACUUUCUUCGACAGUCAGGUCAGCCUGCGAGGUACAAACCAUGGUUAGAUAGCGAUUCUGCAGAAGCACAAGAAAAUCUGCAGUGAUGGAUGAGAGCUCAGCCAACCACAUGAGUGAUGGUUUUGCCUAUCUAGCUACCAAAGGAGUGAGCAGAAGGGAUAAGUUUGUCUUUGGUUGUAAUUUUAGUGUGGGCCUGACUGAAUUUUCACUUCUCCAGACAAUAAGCAAAACUAUAUGCAGCUAUCCUUGGAAAUUGGCACACCCCAAAAAUCUGUGAUGCAAUUCUCCAACCAAAAAUGUGUCCAGCAGUGUAUUUAUUACAGGCAAGUGUGAAUAAAAAUGCAUCUGUUAGUGA